AUGACCAGCACAACGUUCCUUCUUCUACUAGACGGGCCUGAUGAUGCUUUUGGACUACAGGCAGAUCGUCCUGAGACGCCAGUUACCCCACAAGGUACAGAAGUCAGCGAGGAGCAACAAAGGACACAGAAAAUCAAAGAGGCAAUUCAGCAUUCACACGAGUCGCCGGUGAUGAAGGCCAAGAUGGCGAUCUCACGAGUACAGCCCAAACCUUUUGCCGAAUUGGACGAGGAUUCAAGUCUGGAUGACGUUGCUUUGCAGAAAAUCACACAGCUAGUAAACAUGGACGACGACAGCGACUCCGACCUGUCGGAGCUGAACAAGCUUUUUCCCAACGCAGUGCGCACGAUCAAGCUUUCAAAGGGCGACCAGGACAACAUCGACCGUAUGUUGAGGCUUGAACGCUCCAAAAACGCAACAGUGAAAGAAAAGGUGCGCAAAAGAAGACAGAUCUCUGAAGAGUCAAUUUCGCUUGCAUCUGAGGCGUCGAGCGAUGUUGCCCUGACAAAGAGAGCGAAACGGAAAUUUGCAAAGUACGGUCUCGCGCAAACUGAGUCGGAAAGGGAAGAGUCAACAGACGAUGAAAAUGGGGACGCAGACUACGCGCAAGAAAAUGAUAGAGACGAAAUCAAUGACCUCGUCGACAGCGACGAUAUUGGAUCGACCUCUCUCUCCAGCUCUCAACACGAGCCUUUGUCCCAAUCUUCGGAUAACAAGUGUGUUACGAUCUAA